AUGAUGGGAGGGCGCGCGGUGCUCCUGCUGCCGCUGCUGGUGAUCACGGCGCUGUUCGCGCAGAUCCGCGCGUCGGAUCCGUUGUUCCACGAGUCCUUCAACGAGAGCUUCGACGGGAGCUGGAUCGUGUCCGGCAAGGAGGAGUACAAAGGUGUAUGGAAGCACGCGAAGAGUGAUGGCCAUGAAGACUAUGGUCUCCUUGUUAGCGAGCCAGCCAGGAAAUAUGCCAUAAUCAAAGAACUUGAUUACCCAGUUACUAUGAAGGAUGAGACAGUUGUCCUGCAGUUUGAAGUGAGGCUUCAGAAUGGCCUUGAGUGUGGAGGUGCUUAUAUCAAGUACAUCCGUCCUCAGGCUACCGGAUGGAACGCCAAGGACUUUGACAAUGAUACUCCAUACACAAUUAUGUUUGGUCCCGACAAGUGUGGUUCAACGAACAAGGUUCACUUCAUCCUGAAGCACAAGAACCCUAAGACUGGCAAAUACGUUGAACAUCACCUCAAGUCCCCACCCUCUGUCCCAUAUGACAAGCUCUCUCAUGUCUACACGGCUAUCUUGAAGCCGGAUAAUGAGGUCAGAAUUUUGGUUGAUGGGGUGGAGAAGAGUAAAGCAAACUUCCUGUCUGCUGCUGAUUUUGAGCCGGCACUUAUUCCAUCAAAGACUAUUCCUGACCCUGACGACAAGAAGCCAGAGGACUGGGACGAGAGAGCUAAGAUCCCUGAUCCAGUUGCGGUGAAGCCCGAUGACUGGGAUGAGGAUGCCCCAAUGGAAAUUGUGGAUGAGGAGGCCACCAAGCCAGAAGGAUGGUUGGAUGAUGAGCCUGAGGAAAUUGAUGAUCCAGAAGCUGCUAAGCCUGAGGACUGGGAUGAUGAGGAGGAUGGCGAAUGGGAGGCACCCAAGAUGGACAACCCCAAGUGCGAAGUGGCACCUGGAUGUGGUGAAUGGAAGAAGCCGAUGAAGGAUAACCCUGCCUACAAGGGCAAGUGGCAUGCCCCCCUGAUUGACAACCCCAACUACAAGGGAAUCUGGAAGCCCCAAGAAAUCUCCAACCCUGAGUACUUUGAGCUUGACAAGCCUGACUUUGACCCAAUUGCCGCUAUUGGAAUUGAGAUCUGGACAAUGCAGGAUGGCAUCCUGUUUGACAACAUUCUUAUUGCCGACAAUGAGAAGGUAGCCACCUCUAUCCUGGAGAAGACAUGGAAGCCCAAGUUUGAUGUUGAGAAGGAAAAGCAGAAGGCUGAGGAGGCUGCAGCAGGUGCAUCAGAAGGCCUUUCUGAAUUCCAGCAGAAGAAGAUCUUUGACAUUUUGUACAAAGUUGCAGACAUCCCGUUCUUGGAACCAUACAAGACCAAGAUCAUUGAUGUGAUUGAGAAGGGAGAGACACAGCCAAACAUUACAAUUUCGAUUUUGGCGUCUGUCAUCGUCGUCAUUGUGACUGUACUCUUCAGAGCCCUGUUUGGUGGCAAGAAGCCAGUGGCACCUGUGAAGCCCGCUGCUGAGACCAAGAAGCCCAGUGCUGUCGUACCUGAUGCCGCCGCUGGAAGCAGCGGCGACAUGGAGGAUGACAAGGAUGCGCCGCGCCGAAGGUCGCGAAGAGACGCAUAA